AUGAGGGGGAGCUCGGGGGUGAAGCGGGUGGGCAAGUACGAGCUGGGGCGGACCCUAGGCGAGGGAAACUUCGCCAAGGUGAAGUUGGGGCAGGACGUGGAGAGCGGGCGGCGCGUGGCGAUUAAGGUCAUGGACAAGGACAGGAUUCUGCAGCACAGGAUGGCGGACCAGGUGCUGGCGUCGCGCAACAAGAUCUUCAUGGUGCUCGAGUUCGCGGCGGGCGGCGAGCUCUUCGACCGCAUCGUCAUCGCCGUCGUCGUUACUCGCCGCCGCGCCUUCCGGCUUAACUCCCCUGGUGUGCGCGCGCAGGUGUACCGCGGGCGGUUGGCGGAGAUCGAGGCGCGGCGGUACUUCCAGCAGCUGGUGGACGCCGUCGACUGCUGCCACGCCAAGGGCGUCUGCCACCGCGACCUUAAACCGGAGAACCUGCUGGUGGACGAGCGCGGCAAUCUCAAGGUGUCGGACUUUGGGCUGAGCGCCCUGCCGCAGCAGCAACACCGCGACGGGCUGCUGCACACCACCUGCGGCACGCCCAACUACGUCGCCCCUGAGGUGCGUGCCUCCCCUCCCCUCCCCUCCCCUCCCCACCCCUCCCCUCCCCUCCCCACCCCCUUCUGCUCGUCUGCCCCCAACCACGUCGCCCCCAACCACGUCGCCCCCAACCACGUCGCCCCCAACCACGUCGCCCCCAACCACGUCGCCCCCAACCACGUCGCCCCCAACCACGUCGCCCCCAACCACGUCGCCCCCAACCACGUCGCCCCCAAGGUUCACCCCUCUGCCUCACUGCUUGCCCUCUCCCCACCCCCGCCCCAUCAUGUGUCCCGGCUGCUCCCCUGCAUGCUACUCGCGUGGUGCCUGCUCCCACUGCACCCAGCCCAGCCCACACCCACCACACACCCCCCCCCCCCUUCACUCGUCCCCAGCCUUCUUACAUUCCGCCAUGUGCUGCACAACAAGGGGUACGACGGGCGCAAGGCGGACGUGUGGUCGUGCGGCGUCAUCCUGUUCGUGCUGCUGGCAGGCUACGUGCCCUUCGAUGAACCCGACCUUGUGCUGCUCUAUGACAAGAUAUCCCGGGCGCAUUUCAAGUUCCCUCAGUGGUUCUCCCCCGGGGUGAAGCGCCUCAUCACGCGCAUCCUCAACCCCGACCCCGCCACCGUAUGCCGCCCUCCCUCCUUGACCCCGCCACCGUAUGCCGCCCUCCCUCCUUGA